AUGGACGCAGCGCUGCUUCAGCAGACUCUGGCACAGGCGCAGGUGACUCUGGCUUCCACCCUUGCAAACGCCGAAGAGACAGACUACUCCGACAAGUACUGCGAUGACAUCUACGAGUACAGGCGGGUCACUGUUCCCCGGCACCUCGUGCCGAGCCUUCCGGGCAUCAACCAGGGGCGCACCAUGGAGGAGACAGAGCAUUGCAUGCUGUGGUUUUCAUGGUCUGAGCCAUCCUUCGUUUGA